GCUGUUCACUCCGAGCACUAUUCCUUCUUGAACUGUGAGCACAGAGAAGACUGCGAAACAGAAAUGGCAAGAACCAAGCAGACCGCUCGUAAAUCUACCGGAGGUAAAGCCCCCAGGAAGCAGCUGGCCACCAAGGCUGCCCGUAAGAGCGCCCCGGCCACCGGCGGCGUGAAGAAGCCUCACCGUUACAGGCCCGGUACCGUGGCUCUGAGAGAGAUCCGUCGCUACCAGAAAUCUACCGAGCUGCUGAUCCGCAAGCUGCCCUUCCAGCGCCUGGUCCGAGAAAUCGCUCAGGACUUCAAGACCGACCUGCGCUUCCAGAGCUCCGCCGUCAUGGCUCUGCAGGAGGCCAGCGAGGCUUACCUGGUCGGUCUGUUCGAGGACACCAACCUGUGCGCCAUCCACGCCAAGAGGGUCACCAUCAUGCCCAAAGACAUCCAGCUGGCCCGCCGUAUCCGCGGAGAGAGGGCUUAAACUCACAACAGAUCGUCCUACAGUCCCACAACGGCUCUUUUAAGAGCCACAUACAAACACUAACUGAGCAACAGUCCCGAAACAAUAUUGUGACAAUGUUAUGUACUAUUAUAAACUUAUGCACUUAAGUAGUGCAGACAGAAACUUACAAUAAAUGUCU